UGUGUCUGGGUGGAGAAACAUGGCUACCGCAGUUUAGAGCUGAACUCGUUCACAUGCUGUGCUCAGUUUAAUCAACAACUAUUCGUGUUCAACACGAUCGCUGAUAGUUCUGUAAAGAUAACAGCAGACUGCGAGAUUUCCAGUAUAGACAGUCUUCACCAGAGCAUAAGAAAAGCCGCUGUGUUUGUAUUAAUGGAAGAGGCGAGAGUGAGACGCGUCUCUGAAAUGAAAGAAGAGAUGGAUAUCUGCGCAUCCUCCGCGUCUCUCCUUGAGGAAGAACUCGCCUCUGCUAUCGAGCCUGCAGUGAAAGCGGCUGUGCUGAGCGUCAUGUCUGCGUUAGCAAAGUUCGUGGACAGUAAAUGUGCAGUUUUCAAUCUCAGACUGGACGAAAGAGACCAAGAAUUUGAAAGCGUGAGAUUGCGAUUGGAAAUAGCGGAGAGCGAGUUGAAAUCAAUCCGAGACGGAGAAUACACGAACACUGGCGAGAAAAACUUCACCCAAUCUCUCACAAACACUGACACACAAUACCACAGGAGCGACAGUAUUAUUGCUCAGGGGCUGUCGGCGCGGAUUUUCUCCACUCUUCCAGUUCAGCCAGUCAGGGAUCCGGUGCCUGCAGUCCACACCGCACUGAAAAACUCCCGGGUUUUAAUCCAGGAGGAUGGAAGCUAUUCCGAGCAGGACCUGCUGAUGCGAGGUGAUGACUCUGAACAGAGAGACCACACAAGCACAGCGGGGUGGAGAAGAGCACUGAAAGUGAAAAUGUCUGGAAGAGGAAAGACCGGCGGUAAAGCCCGUGCUAAGGCAAAGACGCGUUCUUCUAGGGCAGGACUGCAGUUCCCAGUCGGCCGUGUCCACAGGCUGCUGCGGAAGGGAAACUAUGCUCAGCGUGUCGGCGCUGGAGCCCCGGUCUAUCUGGCUGCUGUGCUCGAGUAUUUGACGGCUGAAAUCCUGGAGCUGGCCGGGAACGCCGCCCGGGACAACAAGAAAACCAGAAUCAUCCCGCGUCACCUGCAGCUCGCUGUCCGCAACGACGAGGAGCUCAACAAGCUGAUGGGAGGCGUCACCAUCGCUCAGGGCGGAGUGCUGCCCAACAUCCAGGCUGUGCUGCUGCCCAAGAAAACCGAGAAGCCAGCCAAGAAGUAAAUCACUCGGACGCCACUUUUAAGAUCUUCUAAAACCUCAAAGGCUCUUUUAAGAGCCACCCACUUUUUCUAUGAAAACGCAUCGAAUCUGUUUCUUGUAUGAACAAUAUUAAACAAUGAAUUGCAGCA